AUGCAAAGAACGGCCGCAGUAGCUCGUGGCUAUGGCCGAUGCAUUAGGCCCCGAUGGCCUCGGCAGUUCAGCACUCUCCCUCAGGGGGCUCUUCAGGAGAUAUUUCGACCGGGCCGCGUGCACGACGUUGUGAAUCCUCGGCUCGUCGAAACAUCAUGGGUUUCAGAUCCUUCCCGGCUUCUGCCCGACAGCGACCGCUCAGAAGUGGAUGAGUUGUGCGAGAAGCUCCAGCGGGAGUGGAAGGCCGAAGCUGUCGUUGUAGUUUUGGACUCCUUAGCUGCGGAUGUUCAACCAACGGGCUUUGCUGCUGCUCUCUUGAACUUUUGGGGCGUGGGCGACCAGCGUCUGCACACGGGGCUUCUGAUCCUGCUCUUGACAGGCCAAAGGCGCUUGGAGAUGCGAACGGGUUACGGCCUUGCACGAAUCCUGCCCUCGGAGGUCUUGCAGUCUCUGCAGCAAAGUAUGGUGCCACAGCUGGCUGCCGGAAGCCCCGGCCGCGCCUUGUGCCAAGGCCUCAAGGGAGCAUUGCAAAAGCUGGAGGAAGACGCCCCAAAGCAUUGGCGAAACCAAGAAGGCGCAAGUUCAGACAGACAAAGGAAUUCACAUGGCUUCGGUGGUGGCCAAACACCCGUCGACGAGUUCAUGCCCAAAGACAGAGUGGCACCAAAGUGA